AUGAUGAUAGUGGCACGUGAAUUACCUCAUUUAUUGUCCGACGAUGAUCUUGAUCAAUUGAAUGCUGAAUGGCGUUUAUACGUAAACAAAACCGUUCCAAUUGAAUGGUACAAACACAAUAGCGUCGGCGUUAAUUCCCAAGAGAUCAUUAAGUAUCAUCCUGUCGAUUAUUACUGGAAAUACAUCUUUGCAAUGAAGAACAGUUCAGGUGGUACCAAGUUUCUUAUAUUAUCUAAACUUGUCAAGAGUAUUUUAUCAUUAUCACAUGGAAAUGCCGACGUCGAACGUGGCUUCAGCGAAAAUGCGUCGCUCGUUAGCGAUGAUCGAUGGUCUUUAACUAAUACCUUCAUCAAUGGAAUUCUAGCAACUAAGGAUGCUGUCAAGUUUUAUGGAUCAGGGAAGGUACAUCAAGUUCCUAUUUGUAAAGGCCUUCUCGACAGUGUCAAAGAGGCACAGUCUCGAUAUCAUGCUGAUCAGGAAAAAAUGCAACGAUUACUUAAAGAGAAGGAAGAAGCUGAAGCUGCUGCAAAAUUACUCAAGGACAAAGAACUUCUUUUAAUUGAAAAAGAACAGAAACUUAUCGAUGAACGCAGUCUUACAAAGUGA